AUGAAAUGUGUGAUCCUUUGCCUGUGUGUGUUACUGUGUGGGAUUACGAGAGUUAGCAUGGUGGUGGUGCUGAACGGCGUGCUCGCGGACGAGUGCCCGACAUCAGUGCGCGCGCUGCUUGCCGCGCACCCUGGCUACAGAGAUGCGGCUGCGCAACUACUAGCGGCCGCCGCUAGGGUUGUACCACCGCCUGGCUUGCUGUAUGUCGGUCAACGGGAGUUAGCGGCUGUGGUACCACAUGACAAAAACGUCAACAUCAUUGGAUCAGAUGACGCCACAUCAUGUAUAAUCGUCGUUAUCAGGCAUUCAGGGUCAGGUGCAGUAGCUCUAGCCCACUUAGAUGGGUCCGGCACAGCGGAGGCGGCGGCGGCGAUGGUGUCCCGAGUCCAACAGCUGGCCGUGGGGUACCCGGAGGGCAGGCUCGAGUUACAGCUCGUUGGAGGCUUCACAGAUCCUCACCGAUAUUCCGAUGAGCUGUUCGCGAAUAUUAUGUUAUCAUUCCACCGGCUCUCAGUGGAGAUAGACCUGACACUGGCUUGUUGCUGUGAGCUGAACACAGCGCUCGGCGGUGGGUCUGCCGCACCCCUCGUCACAGGUGUCGGUGUGGACAUCCGCGCCGGUGAUCUCUUCCCUGCCACAUUCCCUGACAAAGGACCUGAACUGCCACUAAGGGGUGCUCGGACUAUUACAAGUGGCCCACAUUCUGGACAGGUGCUAGAUAUAUACGACAACACGGUGGGCCUGCUCCGCAUCGGUCCCUUCAACUACGAGCCACUGCGCGGCGUGGACCUGUGGCUGGAACAAUCGGAUGACUUCAUUCUGCAACACCUCAGCACUACACCCGCUGUGGAACCGCCACAUUUCGUGCAUAAUAUCCGUGUAACCCUGAAAUUCAUACAGCAGCACCCGUUCCCGGCUGUGACAGUGUUCCCGGACAAUCGCUCGCAUUAUUACCGCCGCGACGAACAAUCUGGGUGUUGGGUACCCAUGCGCUUCUAA